AUGUUCUCAACAUAUGCGGGUGAGAUCUCCCAAGGAGGAGAGGUGCUCAGGGACUUAAGUCACAACAAAUUAUCUUCAAUCAAGACCAGUCUCUUGGAUCACCUUCAUAGUCUUCGGGAAGUGAAAUUGAACAACAAUGAACUGGAGAUUGUUCCAGAUCUGGGGCCAGUCUCUGCAAACAUAACUCUUCUAUCUUUGACCAGUAACAAGAUUGCCAACAUCUUGUCUCAACAUCUGAAGCCGUUUCAGAGUCUAGAAACUUUGGACCUGAGCAACAACAACAUAUCAGAGCUAAAAAUAUCAUCAUUUCCAUCGUUACAGCUCAAAUACCUGUACAUUAACAGUAACCGAAUAACCUCCAUGGAGCCUGGUACCUUUGACAAUUUGUCUACCACACUUCAAAUAUUGAAACUGAACAGGAACAAAAUUUCAGCAAUCCCUCAAAAGAUGUUUAAACUCUCCCAUCUGCAGCACCUGGAACUGAAUCGCAACAAAAUUAAAAAAAUAGAUGGGCUUACUUUCCAAGGACUUCCAGCUUUGAAAUCAUUAAAACUGCAGAGGAAUGGGGUUACUAGGCUCAUGGAUGGCGCUUUCUGGGGCUUAAGCAACAUGGAAGUCUUGCAGCUGGACCAUAACAACUUAACAGAGGUAACCAAAGGCUGGCUUUAUGGCUUGCUGAUGCUGCAGCAGCUCCAUCUCAGCCAAAACGCCAUCAGCAGGAUCAGUCCUGAUGCCUGGGAAUUUUGCCAAAAACUCAGUGAGCUAGAUUUGACGUUCAAUCACUUAGCAAGGUUAGAUGAUUCAAGCUUCGUUGGUUUAAGUGUGCUGGUUGGACUGUACAUUGGAAACAACAAAGUGAAUUACAUUGCCGAUUGUGCCUUCCGGGGACUUUCCAGUCUACAGACUUUGGAUCUGAAAAACAAUGAAAUAUCAUGGACUAUUGAAGAUAUGAAUGGUGCCUUCUCUGGCCUGGAUAAACUUAGGAAGCUGCUACUACAAGGAAAUAGGAUUAGAUCCAUUACAAAGAAAGCAUUUUCUGGUUUGGAUGCGCUUGAACACCUAGAUCUAAGUAACAAUGCAAUUAUGUCAGUUCAAGGAAAUGCAUUUUCACAAAUGAAGAAACUCAAAGAAUUGCACUUAAACACAUCGAGUCUCCUGUGCGACUGCCAGUUAAAAUGGCUGCCACAGUGGAUGUCAGAGAACAACUUCCAGAGCUUUGUAAAUGCCAGUUGUGCCCAUCCUCAGCUGCUAAAAGGAAGAAGUAUUUUUGCUGUCAACUUGGAUGGGUUUGUCUGUGAUGAUUUUCCUAAACCACAGAUCACUGUCCAGCCAGAAACCCAGUCAGCAAUCAAAGGCUCCAAUUUGAGUUUCGUAUGUUCGGCAGCCAGCAGCAGUGAUUCCCCAAUGACUUUUGCAUGGAAGAAAGACAAUGAAUUACUGCAAGAUGCUGAAAUGGAGAAUUACGCGCACCUCCGGGCACAGGGUGGUGAAGUGAUGGAGUACACUACCAUCCUUCGACUGCGCAAUGUUGAAUUCAGUAACGAAGGGAAAUACCAGUGUGUUAUUUCAAAUCAUUUUGGUUCAUCCUACUCUGUCAAAGCCAAACUUACAGUAAACAUGCUGCCUUCAUUUACAAAGAUCCCCAUGGACUUAACCAUUCGUGCUGGGGCAAUGGCACGCUUGGAAUGUGCUGCAGUUGGGCAUCCUGUCCCGCAGAUUGCUUGGCAGAAAGAUGGUGGAACGGAUUUUCCUGCAGCGCGCAAGAGGCGCAUGCAUGUCAUGCCUGAAGAUGACGUAUUCUUCAUUGUUGAUGUAAAGAUUGAGGACACAGGCGUUUAUAGCUGUACAGCUCAAAACACUGCUGGAAGCAUUUCAGCUAAUGCAACGUUAACAGUACUAGAAACACCAUCGUUUUUGCGGCCUUUGCUGGAUAGAACUGUAACAAAAGGUGAAACUGCAGUCUUGCAGUGUAUUGCUGGUGGUAGCCCUCCACCCCGACUGAACUGGACUAAGGAUGACAGCCCCCUCGUGGUAACAGAAAGACAUUUCUUUGCCGCAGGCAAUCAGUUACUAAUUAUUGUCGAUACAGAUGUAGAAGAUGCUGGGAAAUACACUUGUGAAAUGUCUAAUACACUUGGAACAGAACGAGGCAACAUCCGCCUUAAUGUAAUUCCUACUCCCACCUGUGAUUCUCCUCAAAACAUUGCUGCAUCACUUGAUGAUGAUGGAUGGGCCACAGUUGGCAUUGUGAUCAUAGCUGUGGUUUGCUGUGUGGUGGGCACUUCCUUGGUGUGGGUGGUCAUCAUCUACCACACCAGAAGGAGAAAUGAAGAUUGCAGCAUUACAAAUACAGAUGAAACAAACUUGCCUGCUGACAUUCCAAGCUACCUGUCAUCCCAGGGGACACUGGCUGAAAGGCAGGAUGGAUAUGGUUCAUCUGAAAAUGGCAGUCAUCAUCAGUUCUUCACAUCUUCCAUGGGAGGGUAUUUCUUGCAGCAGAGGGACAGUAAUGGCAUUUGCCAUCUAGAUAAUGGCAGUGAAACAGACUUGGAGGGUGUUGCAGAUCCGUUCCUGUGUCACUAUCUGGGGACUUCAGGGACUUUGUAUUUAAAAGGAAACACAUACGGCUCUGAGGCCUUUGAAGCAUACAGUGCAAGUUGCAGCCCUGACCAAAGAACAGCAUGCCUGGACCCUUACGAGUCUGGAUAUCUAAAGAAAAAGGAAUGCUAUCAAUACUCACCUCCACUGGAAGAUCCUUUUGAUCAUUGUGUUGGCAUAAUUGGGAUGCAGGCUACAAGUAGCAAAUUGAUUAACUCCAUUUAUACUCAAAAUGAAGGAACUGGACUAAAAAGCAAAAGUCUGAACUCAGACACAUGUGACGUAAACAGAAGUUUGGAACCCUCAUCUAUUAUCAGUAACAGCACUUUCAUGGGAACAUUUGGAAAGCCUUUAUGGAGGCCUCAGCUGGACUCUCUUUCAAGUUGUAGACAGCCAGCAACUUGCCAAACAAAAACCUCCCAUCAUAAUCCUCAUGCCUCACUGGACUUCGAUGCAGAGGCAGACGAAGAUGGAAAGGAAAGGACAGUUUCUAGAGGAGAAAAUAGCAUUUAUACUUACAAACAGUCCUUUGAAAACUUUAGGACUUCAACUUUCCCAUCCUGUGAUUUGGAUACAUAGCUCCUUUUGGACCUGCCAUUGAUUUCUGGAACCAAAGAAAUACUUUGACAUACUACUACCUCAGUGUGGAGUUUUAUUUAAAAAGGGAGUAAGGAGAGGAAGAAGGGAAGAAAGAAACUACAUGAUGCUAUGAAUUCAGACAAAUAAAUGCAUUUUUAUUCAAAUAAAACAUAAUUGCCAAAAUGCUCUAUGUUUUUAUACAGGGAAAACAUUCCUUAUGAAAGUACUAUAUUUCUAAUUAUUUUAUAGCUUUGUUUUAUGCAAAUAAUAUCUUUUGUAAAUUAAUGGUGUAAAUAAUACAUCAUAUGUAUUUCUAUGUCAGACUUCAUUUUAUUGAAAUGAGUAACAAUCAUUCUAAUUUUGUACUGUUACUUGUACCUUUUUACAAAUGGAAACUCCAUGCUAUUUGCAGGUAUCAUGCAUCUUAUUUGCACAUUACUUUUAAUAAAAUAUGCUGCCAUGUGGUCUCUGACCUGCAUUAGUGU